AUGGAUCGCAAGAACAAACCCUCUGCCAUCCCGGUCUCCCCUUCAGUGGCUCAGCCCAUAGUUGACCUCUCUGACAACGUCCUGACCGCCCGCCUCCCCUCCGGCGACUCUGUAACUGUCUACCUCUACGGCGCCACAGUCACGAGCUGGAAAACCGGCAACGGUGCAGAACAGCUGUUCCUCUCCAGUGCCGCUGCGCUAGAUGGCUCAAAACCCAUCCGAGGAGGCAUCCCGCUCGUGUUCCCAGUGUUUGGCCCACCCCCAAAAACCCAUGCAACAGGUCAACUACCGCAGCACGGGUUUGCGAGGAACACAUACUGGGAGUUCUUGGGGAAGAGCAGUAGUGAGAGUCUAGGACGGAAGGCAGACGACAGCGUCAAGUUGGACUUUGGCCUGAGUCCGGCCAACCUGGAUGAGGCUACGCGCAAGAAGUGGCCCUACGAGUUCGGGCUGGUGUACAGUGUGACGCUGGGCAAGGGCAAGCUGGAGUGUCUGCUGCAUGUACAGAACAAGGGCGACCAGUCGUUCGAGUUCCAGUCUCUUUUCCACACUUACCUGGCGGUCAAGGACAUUCACAAAACCGCGGUCAAGGGCCUGAAAUCCUCUCCAUACGUUGACAAGGUCCGCUCGGCCCAGACGUUCACGGAAGAAUCCUCCUCGCUCUCCUUCUCUGGGGAGACUGACCGAGUGUACACCCCUCCCCAGGACACUAAGGCGGCGAACCCGCUCGUACCACUGGUGGUCACUGAAGACGGCAAGGAGAGUUUCGUGGUUACUCGUGACGCGCUGCCCGACGUGACAGUGUGGAACGGGUGGGAAGACAAGAUCAAAGGCAUGGGUGACUUUGAGCCCAAAGACGGGUGGAAGAGAUACCUGUGCAUCGAGCCAGGGAGUGUCAGUUCAUGGACGAAGCUCGAGGGUGGUGAUGCGUGGGAGGGAGGCGCCACAUACGAGAGCAAGUUGUAG